CCGAGUUAGGAGACGGAGCUCGUCCACGACGACAGAGCGGAGUUCGGGUCCUACCGCCCCCCGCGCGAACCGAGACGCCCCAGCGAGUGGAAGCCCAUCGGCGACCCCAGGGCUGGUCCCAGGAGUCCCGCCUCGGAGAAGAUGGCAGACGAUCAGGGCUGUGGCGUGGAGCAGGCAGCUGGGGACUCAGCAAGCAGAGAUGCAGUUGAUGCUAAGCCAGACCGGUCUUCCUUUGUGCCAUCACUCUUCAGUAAGAAGAAGAAAAAUGGCUCGGGAAGAUCAGUCACGACCACCCAGGACCGAGUGCCUGCAUAUCAGUAUAACAUGAAUUUCGAGAAGGUGGGCAAAUGCAUCAUAAUAAACAACAAGAACUUCGACAAAAAGACAGGCAUGGGCGUCCGAAACGGAACAGACAAAGAUGCCGAGGCUCUUUUCAAGUGCUUCAGAAACCUGGGUUUUGACGUGGUCGUCUACAAUGACUGCUCUUGUGCCAAAAUGCAAGAUCUGCUGAAACAAGCCUCUGAAGAGGACCACAGAAAUUCGGCUUGUUUCGCCUGCAUCUUACUAAGCCACGGAGAAGAAAAUUUAAUUUAUGGAACAGACGGCGUGACAGCGAUAAAGGACUUGACAGCCCAUUUUAGGGGGGACAGAUGCAAAACUCUUCUAGAGAAACCCAAACUCUUCUUCAUUCAGGCUUGCCGGGGGACCGAGCUCGAUGACGGGGUCCAGGCUGACUCGGGGCCUAUCAAUGACACAGAUGCCAAUCCCCGAUACAAGAUCCCCGUUGAAGCCGACUUUCUCUUCGCCUAUUCUACAGUCCCAGGCUAUUACUCAUGGAGGAACCCGGGCAGCGGGUCCUGGUUUGUGCAGGCCCUGUGCUCCAUCCUGAACGAGCAUGGCAAGAGCCUGGAGAUCCUGCAUAUCCUCACCAGGGUGAACAACAGGGUGGCCAGGCACUUUGAGUCCCAGUCUGAUGACCCCUACUUCCACGAGAAGAAGCAGAUCCCAUGUGUGGUCUCUAUGCUCACCAAGGAACUCUACUUCUGAAAAUAACCAUCCCAGGGAUGCAUUCUAGCCGAAAAGCUACGGAUCAUUUGUUCAUGAGUCUUUUUUUUUUUUUUUUAAUGCUCUUGAAAUACCAAGAAAUUCUAAAGGAUUUUAAUUUCAGGAACACUUGUUGAUUCAACAGGAAAGAAACUUUUCUGGUGCUGUCUUACGUACCUAUGUUUUGGGAGAGUUUUUUGUUUUGUUUUGUUUUGUUUUUACAAUGUUAUCCAUUUGAUGACUUCGUAAUUUCUUCUUAAGACUAAUUUUCUGUUUGUACUUUUCUCCUUGUUGUCUCAUUUAGUACAUACAACAAAAACGACCUCUGCAGAUGACUCUCGGCUGUGCCCACCAUGAUCAGUGGUGACACAGCAGACAGAGUCCUAUUUGCACCUGGCAAAGAGCGUUCCAGUGCUUGAGAAAAAGCUGUGUGUGUUCUCCUGUAUUGCAGAAAGUGGGUAUUGAGUGUGAUUUGAGUCAUUUUUCAUUGGCUUAGGGCAGAUUCUCACACAAAAAUUCCCAGAGAAGUUAAAGGAGAGGGAAAAAAAAUCAACGAAUCUAAUACGUAUCAGACAGAAAACAGAAGCCAUACUAGGUGUUUCAAUAGAGGGGUUUUAAUAGAGGAGAUUGACUUACAAAGAUAAUCAAAAAGAAGCCAAAUAAAAGGAAUCUGGUACCACCGAGGGCUAUGAAAAGGUGUGGUUCCCUUAAUCCAGAAGCUAGGGUAGCCCACAGGAACUGGCCACAUGGGCAUGGUGGGAGCUGCCUGGUGAGAGCUGGGAUCACCCAGGGAUAGUGGGGGUUGGAGCCAUGGCACAGACAAAGCCCCUGCCUGAGAUGGGGCAAUACCAGCCGAGUCAGAGGUGGAAAAAUACCCCAGCUUCAUCUCUCCUGCCCUGAGUCUCCCCCUGGCACCCUACCCUACCAGCAUUACCUGGAAGCCAGCUGGCAAGGGCCCUUGGAAAUGUGAUUUCAUGCAGUACAGAGCACAGCAAAGCCUAGUGAGGCAGGGCAGGAACAAGAAAUGGAUAUCAGAAUGGCCCAUAAUGUGAAUAGAAGUCAUUAUAUUACCUGAUGUUCAGCGAUUCCUCCAUUCAAUCAUUUAUUCAUUGCGUUGUCAGAUAAUCUACGUAUUGCCCACUCUGUGCAAAAUAAUCUUUUUUUAGCCUUAACAUAUACCUGGAACUUGUUAGAUUAUUCCAAGCCUCGUUCUAAGUAAAUUUCUUGUUACCUCUAAUUCUAUUAUGUGGAAAACGUUUAUGGCAAAGAUUCGCGCACUUUGUUUACAAGGUUACUUUUUGAAUUCUUGAUAAGUUACUAUUUUAUUCUGCCUAAUAACUGGUUAACACACAGAUGUUCAUAUUUAUUGAUUAAAAUGUGGUUGCUUAAUUCCUAA